CACACAGGAGGACAGAGUGGGACUUUACACUGAGGGACAUAUAUAUAUAUAUAUAUAUUUAAAUAUACAACACAGAUUUUUGGAUCAUCUCAAAUCUGAUUAUUGGAAUAAUGAAGUCUCCAAAACUCAAACCUCAAGCGAAGUUCGUCAACGAGGAGGAUCUGAACGACGUGCUGUGCGAGUUCGACGCGGUGAUGGAGGACUUCACGUCGCCGGUGGAGAAGCGACACUUCAGGUACGACGAACACCUGAAGACCAUGAAGAGGAGGAGCAGCGCGAGCGUCAGCGACAGCGGCAUCAGCGACUCCGAGAGUGCAGAGUCGCUCAAUAGAAACAGCUUCAGCUUCAGUGAUGAGAGACUGAACUCCCCCACCACCAACUCACCUCCUCUUAUGUCACCAAAACCCAAACUCGGCGACACUAAAGAACUGGAAGACUUCAUCGCCGACCUUGACAGGACAUUAGAGAGCAUGUGACGGGGAGGCUCACAGUCAUCUUGGUGUGUAGCCAUGAGGAAGGGAGGGAGUGGAUGUCUGGACCCCCCCCCUGAGCAGCUAACAUGCGUCCGGCCCCUACACAGAAAACCACCCAACAGGAUACAGCUGGAUGGCACGGCAACUUCCAAGUGGCUCCACCACGGCAUCAGGUCUAUCCAGCGCUCUGCUAUAGUUAACCCAGCAGCGCUCUACUAACUCCAGGCCACCUGGCUUCUGGACCACAAGCCGGGUCAGAAUUGCAUUGUAGGGAACCUGAGGACAAGAAUACUUCAGCAGCAAUGACGUAAUGCACUCCAUGAAAUGUUGUGAGGAGUGAGGACGUGGAAUAUAUGCUGCAAAAAAAGAGUCACUGGAACAUUUCUUGUCAGACCAGGUUACACUCCCUCAUCCAAAACCUGAGCUGGAAGAGUAUUUAAAAAUGGCUUUUUAUAAGAGAAAUAUAUUAGUAAUUUUAUAGAGCUUCUUAUUGUAAAUUUAUCAGUCUUUUUUUGGGGAAAUAUAUUUUUAUAUCUUAUGUAAAUAAUAUUUGCUUUGAAUUCUCUUUGCCACGCUAUUAACAGGACAGUCAGAUUAGGAUUUGACACUCGUUGACUGGAAUAAAGUUGGUUACAUGCUUAAGUGUGAACUGAAAACUUAAUCCCUUAUGAAAAAAAAACUGGAAAGCAAUAUAUAUGUAUUUAAUACAGCUAAUGCCUGCCCGAUAUGAUAUUAAAGAAUGAAAUAUUGUUCUUUUAGUAAAA